AUGCAUCAACUCUGGUACAAAUUGUUCAUCAAAAAGAAGAACUUCGUCGAAGCUGUCCGAGACUGGGUUGAGGAAUAUGGACCCGUCCACACUUUUUGGUUUGGUCCCAUGGCGACCGUGAACAUCUGCGACUACUCCACAGCAGUGGAUGCAAUGGUGAAAAAAGGCUCAGCUUUUGCCAGCAGGAAUAAUCCUUAUCUAUUUGCAUUGACAAGAAAUGGUCGUGGGAUCAUCGUCACCAAUGGACCGCCUUGGUUGGAACAACGCCGUUUUGCUUUGCACACUCUUCGGAACUUCGGUCUGGGGAGGAACAUCAUUGAGGAGAGGAUCAUGUACGAAUUCGAAAUCGCGUGUGAAAGAUUGGAUAAGCGCUUGGCGACGGAAGGAAAAUCGAUUAAUGCUCACAAGAAUUUCGAGUUACUGAUUGGGAACGUCAUUAACCGAAUGUUAUUCACAGAGCGAUUCGAAAAGGAAGAGGAAGAGAAAUUCUUCGCUCUGAAAAAGAUUUUGGACGAUAUGAUGGAGUAUUUCUCGCUGUUUGAUAUGCUUAUUGAAGAAUGGAAUGUGAAUUGGCCGUUCAUUAGGAAAAGAGUGGAUCAUGUGAUGAAGCCAACUGGACGCUGUGCUCGAUUUCAUUCGAUGAAACAAGAAAUAGCUAACGGAACCCAUGUGCUACAAGGAGAAGGUGACGAUUUCGUCGAUGCCUUCUUGAUUCAAAUGAAGAAAGAACGCGAAACUGGAGUGCCAACUAGCUUUGAUGAGGAAAUGCUGUUAAUGUCGCUGCUCGACCUAUGGCUGGCGGGUCAAGAAACAACAAUUACCACGUUGGAAUGGGCGUUUUCCUUCUUACUGCUCAACCCCCACGUAAUAGCUCGCGUUGAGGAUGAGCUGUUUUCCGUUACAAAAGGUCGACGUCCGCUCUCUAUCGUAGACAGGCCGAAUACUCCCUACUACAACGCCACGAUAGCUUUUAAUCCAGACCGCUACUUCAAUGGUAACAAACUAGAGCAAAGGGUGGUUGCUUUCGGUUUGGGAAAGAGAUCGUGUCUGGGAGAAUCCCUUGCACAAGCGGAGCUCUAUCUGAUCAUCGCGAACUUCCUGCUUCGCUACAAAAUCUCGGCGGAUCCUCUUCAUAUGCCAAGCCUGAAAGCCACGAAUGAAAUGGGAACCAUGAGGAAACCCCAUCCCUUUCACAUUUGUUUUGAACAUCGAUAG